AUGUUUGUGAAAAAAGCAGAUGGUUCCUUAUGGCUGGUGGUGGAUUAUAGGAAGCUCAAUGACAUCACACACAAGGAUAUUUAUCCACUCCCAAGGCAGGAUGACCUCAUGGCAAAGCUAAGGCAUGCUAAGAUUUUCAGCAAGCUAGAUCUGAGGUGGGGAUAUAACAAUGUCCAAAUCAAGGAAGGAGACAAAUGGAAGACAGCUUUCCAGACUAAAUAUGGCCUAUUUGAAUACCUUGUCAUGCCUUUUGGACUCACAAAUGCCCCUGCAGCGUUCCAACACUUCAUAAACAACCUAUUUAGGGAUCUAAUUGACAUUACCAUAGUCAUCUAUCUAGACAACAUACUGAUCUUCUCAGAGGACCCUAAAGACCGUCCCACUCAUGUUAGGGAAGUCCUCUCAUGCUUAAUGAAGAAUCAGUUGUUCUGCAAAUUAUCAAAGUGCCACUUCCAUGUCACUACAGUUGAUUACCUGGGCAUUGUCAUAUCCCCAGCAGGAUUCUCCAUGGACCAGAAGAAAAUCAAGGCUGUCACAUCUUGGCCCCAACUGUUAAGAGUUGUAACAGUCAAACAGACCCAGGCUUUCCUAGGCUUUGUCAACUACCUUUGGCGGUUUAUCCCAAACUUCAGUUCUGUUGCGCAUCCUCUCCACAACCUCACCAAGAAGGAAACCCCCUGGUCAUGGGGCAACCUAGAGGAUCAUGCUUUUCAGGAACUGAAAUCCCUAGUCACCAAGGCACCAGUACUCAUCCACUUAAACCCUGAGCUCCCUUACUACCUGGAAACAGAUGCAUCAGGGGUAGCCAUGGGGGCAAUACUUAGCCAACAAGGGGAAGAUAACUGCUUACACCUGGUUGCAUAUAUGUCAAAGUCCUUCUCAGGUGCCAAAGCCAACUAUGAUACACAUGAUAAGGAGCUUCUGGCAAUAAUCAAAGCCCUGGAAGAAUGGCACAUACUCCUGGAAGCCACAAACAAACCAAUUCAAGUCUUCACCAACCACAGAAACUUGGAAUACUGGAUGCAGGCAAGAAUGUUCAAUCAAAGACAUGCCCAAUGGCACGUAUUCCUAAGCAACUUCAAUUUUGAGAUACAUUAUUGCCCAAGAAAACAGUCAGGAAAGCCAGAUGCGUUGUCUAGAAGAUUGGAUUAUUUGGACAAAGUACAGGAACCAGAGAUCAUGCUACCACCAGAAGUAUUUGCCAACACAUCCAAGGAGGAAUUCAAAAUUGUCACAGAAAUAUGCUCCAAACUAAGGGAGGACCCUUCCAUUGAGCCUAUUAUCCAAUUCCUAACCAAAGAUGCAGACAAUGCGCCUCCCUCAAUCCAGAAGGCAUACAGAGACUACAACUGGGAGGAAGACCUCCUAUAG